AUGUACUUGCACCCUCUUAAGCACUUUCCAGGCCCCUUCCUUGGUCGCUGUUCGUUGCUAUGGCGGUUCACUCAUACUUCGACGGGAAAGAUCCAUCUUGAAAUAGAGAAGCUGCAUCGCAAAUACGGCCCCAUUGUGCGCGUCUCUCCCAACGAGCUCUCCUUUGGGUCUGUUGAAUCAUGGAAAGCCAUAUACGGCCAUUCCAAUACGGAAAGGAGAGUGCCACCGAAGGCACCUUUCUACGAAAUCUUCGGUGCCGGCUUCCAAAAGUUAUGCAUUGGCAGCGAGAGAGACACGCAGCGACACGGCACCAUGAGGAAGAUGCUGUCUGCCGCGUUUUCGCAGCGAUCACUACUGGAGCAAGAGAAAAUUGUAAGCGAUAAAAUUGACCUUUUUGUCCGCAUUAUUGGCGAAGCAUCAUCUUCCAGCGCAGCCGGCCUCAACAUGACCAAAUGGUAUGAAAUGGUCUCGUUUGAUAUCCUGGGCGAAAUGGCUUUUGGAGAGUCCUUUUACAGCUUGGAGAGUGGCUCCCCUCACUUUUGGUCGGCUACAGUCGAGGACCACUUGUACUUCAUCACGCUCAUUGACAAUCUCAGUCGCCUCGGUACUAUUGCCAAGUUACUGGGCGGCUUGAUUCCUUCCCGACUGCUUCUUAACAAUAAGAUGUCGCGAUAUAGCCGUGAAAAAGUAGACAAGAUCUUGUCCAACAAAACUCGCCGUAAGGAUUUUAUCAGCCUGCUAGUGCAAAAAGUGCACGAGGGGCAAGUGGAAAAGGAAGAACUGGCGGCUCACGUUUCCACACUAGCCAUUGCGGGUGGGGAGACUGUUUCCACAUCACUGGCUGGCACGACCUUCUUUUUGUUACAGAAUCCUCACCAGAUGAACCGUCUGUUACGCGAGAUACGGGAUCGCUUCUCGUCUUACGAGGAAAUCACGGCGCAGGAAGCCCAAAAGCUGUCGUAUCUUCAAGCCGUGAUAAACGAGAGCUUGAGGCUAUACCCUCCUGGAUCACAGGGAUUUCCUCGAAUUUCAACAGGCUUUCAACUCCAUGACAAGUAUAUACCCGUCGGUGCCGAGAUUUACACUAGCGCUUGGACGGUCACGCACGACGAAAAAUACUUUUCAAGUCCCACGUUGUUUAAGCCUGAAAGAUGGUUGGGAACAGAACCAACUGAAAUGAGGGAGGCGAGCCAGCCUUUUUCGUUAGGUCCACGGGGCUGCCUCGGAAGAAACUUCGCUUACAUGGAAAUGAACUUAAUUCUAUGUAAAAUGCUGUGGAUGUAUGAUUUGGAGCUGCUGAACAGCAAUGUUGAUUUUGUUGAGCAUGGACGAGUAUUUGUCAUGUGGUGGAAGCCCAAGCUAAUGGUCAAGUUCCAAAAGAGGGUCGGUAUAUAA